AUGAAAAUCUCAUCCUUCUUUAAAAAGAAAAAGAAAUCUCAAGGCCAAUACGAGAACUCGAGUCAUGACAACACACCAACCACUCCGACUACGACGACAACAACAACAACAAACACAUCCACAGGACUCUCUCGAUCAUCUCCUCAAAAUCAAUCCUCUCCAUCCAUUUUGAUGGGAUCAUCCUCUCGAUCAUCACGUCGACAACAUUCUCGUGAUCAACACACAUCUUCUUCCACAAGUGUUUCGAAUGUGAAAUCCACAAGUGAAGCCUAUCCCAAUUCAAAAAUCUUUGGAUUUCCUCUUCCUGAAGACGUGAAUGAUAUUCCAAAAUUUGUCUAUCAAUCCAUCACGUAUUUAACACAAUAUGGAUUAACUGAAGAAGGUUUAUUUAGAGUUUCAACUUCAAAAGAUUGUUUGGAUAAAGUGAUUAGUGAAUUAGAACAUGAUAUUAACUUGGAUGUGAAUUUUGAUAAAUAUGGAGUGCAUUUGGCAGCUGCAUUGUUGAAGAUUUAUUUUAGAGAGUUGAGUGAUCCGUUAUUGACAUUUGACUGUUAUGGAAUGUUUAUUGCUGCUGAAAGAAUUCCUGAUGAAGGUGCUCGAUUGGAGACUAUUAAGAAGGUUGUCAAGUUUUUACCGCCUAAUUAUUAUACUACUUUGAAAAUGUUGUGUGAAUUUUUACAUUUGGUGAGCCAAAAUUCCAAGUCAAACAAAAUGACAGCUGACAAUUUAGCCAUUGUCUUUGCACCAAAUAUUUUGAGAGAACGAGGAGAAUUAGAUGUCAUGGAUUUAAUGAGACAUGCAAAGUGGAUCAAUCAUUUAACCAAAACAUUAAUUGAAAAUACGGAUUAUAUAUUUGGAAUGGGAAGUCCAAGAAGAUCUGUGACAUCCACUUCAUCAACACCAUCCAAUAAGAAUCCAACAACAAACGCUUCUGUUGAUCAAUCUUCCUCUCUAUUGACUUCAAACAGUACCACGAGCACCACAACCAAUAAUUCAACCAAUGAUAACUCCAAUGACAAUGCAGAAGAUAAUUCCAAACUCAUUAUGGAGCUCGCUCAAAUCAGACAAACUCUUGAAUCCAACGAUGAACAUGAACGAAUGCUUAGAAGAAGACAAACUCUUGAACGAAGAACAUUUCUCUCGAGUACAGAACGAAAGAAAACAAUUGCCAAAAUGACACAACAUAAUCUUUUAGAAAGUAUUUCGAAUACGAAUAACAAUCAAGACAAGGACUCGUCAAAUUCUCCAGCAACUCCUGGACCAAACUCUCCAUCGACAAUUCUCAAUCAUGAAACCACAAAUACUCCAUUUGAAGAAAUUGUGACAUCAUCAUUACCUGUUGCCUUGUCACCCACAAGAAAACCUCAAAUGACUUCAACUACUCAUGCUGGUGACACUUCUCCAAGAGUUAUUCAUGAACAGACCAGCACUGUAGUCACAGCAACAAGUCCAACUACUGCAAAAACAAUAGUCACUUCAUCGAAUUCACAAUCUUCAAAGAGUACCAGUAGCCCAACCAUUGUCACCACAUCAAGUGCCACUACUACGACUCCAACUAAAAAACCACUCACCACAGUUGUGAAAAAGAACAAGGAUAGUUCGUUAAUUACAGAAUUCAAAAAGGCAGUACAAAAAUACUUGUGCUCAUCUAAUUUAUUUGGAAUUGAUGUAGAUAUUCAACUCUCUCAAGAAACAAACACUGUACUUGUAACAUUAUCUGGCUUAAUUAUUGGUGAUACAUCCUGUGAUAUUAUUGAAACAGUCACAAGACUUGGAAAAGUUUCAUAUUUUGAUCCAUUAGAUUCCGUGUUUAACGAUAUUGUUCCUAAACUUGCCAAACAUCUCUCUCGUGAUUUUAAGGUUAAAGUUCAAUUCGAUAAUCUUCAUGAAUAUGAUUUAAUGCUCGAUGAGUGUCCAGAAAUUAUGUUAAUUACAUGUCUGCAUUCCAUUGCCAAAUACUUUUUUGAAUAUUGUGAUGAUCCAAAAUUGGAUGAUCAAUUCUUUGUCGAUUGGAUUUUAACCAUUUUCCCAACCAUGACUUAUUACCCUUAUUAUCACAUGAUUCUAUAUUGUCUCCUCAUUAGACAAUGUUACAAGGAAAAAGAUUUUGACAAGUUGUCAAACAUUUUGAAAACUUCUGAUCAACAUCCGUUCAGUAGAGACAAAAUUUCACUCAUUCAUCACCACAUAGAAGAUGAAAAACCUCUCAACUAUGAAAAACGAGCCUUUCUCAUCAGCAAAUUAAUGGGAGGCAAAAAUCCAUUUUUCACAAAUUACAACAAACAAUUGGAAUUUGCCAAACAUUUUGGAUUUAUAAUCACAGAAGUCUUGAUGAGAGAUUGUGCUUCAGAAAAUCCACUCACACUCUUUGAACGAUUUACUCUUCAAACAGAUAUUGCAUCCAUUGCUCGAGUUCGAACGUUUGAUCAAAAUAAUGAAAGUGUCUUGUUUGAUGCUAUUCGAGUUCCAGAUUUGGCAAUUAUGGAAUUUCUCGUUGAGGAAUGUCAAGUCGAUGUGAAUGCAGUGAAUAAUGAUGGAAUUUCUCCACUUACUCUUGUUAGAAUUUUAUACAAUGGAAUGGAAAAGGAAGAGCUUGAAGAUUAUCUCACCUUUGUUGGAGCUAAAGAAAUCAAACCACAAAGUAUUGACAUUUUAACACAUGACAUGUGGAGACAUAUUUUCACAUUUUUGGAAUUGAAAGAAAUUGCCACUUGGUGCAGAGUUUCUAAAAACUUUUAUGGUCUCAAUGUCAUUGAUAAUGAAAAAUUAUGGAUGGAUAUUUUUCAAAGAAUUCAAACGGUAGAAACAGUGGCAUUUAAUCCGUUUUUAAAAUUGACACAAAUUUUACAAACUCGUGAAUGUCGAAUUAGUUUUAGAUGUUUAGCAGAAUUUAAAUUUGAAUUUAGAUCUGAAGAUAUCACUUAUUUUGUUUUUAAUGAAAAAGAUAAGAAGCAUAUGGAGAUUCUAAAUACCAACACAGUACUCAUGGUCAACCCUCCAAAAAUAGAAAGUUCACACUUUAUUUCAUUAUUGCAAUUUGUGUUUGGUGAAUGUAAUUUAGAUGAUUCAAUUAUUGCCAUGUAUGAUCGAAUUAAGGCAACGAAAAAGUCAGAAAAGAGCAUGUUAAAAUUUAUUGAGGAACAAAUUCCACACCAACACGUGACACAACUUACCAAAUUUGUAUAUACCAUGCAAAAUAUUGCAGUGAAGAGAGAAAUGUUUAAGGAUCGAGUUGCGAGCUCAUCGAUUUUAUAUUAUUCGGUCAUGGUUGAUAAUUAUUGGUUUGUGAUGGCAUAUAAUACUCGACACAAGUUUAUUGGAGUGAUUAUUGUGGCAUCUGACAAUCAGAUUGAAUAA